AUGCGUCUUAUGUGGUACAGCUAUGAGGUGAUCUAUACAGCGGGUAAGAACCUGACGACUGCAGAUGCAUUGUCUCACGCUCCAGUUGGAUCUCCCCAGGAAACUGACCUGCUGUUGGAAAGUGAUGCCACAGCCUUAGUACAGUCUGUGAUUGAUGGUAUACCAGCCAGCCAGGGUCGGCUAGUAGAGAUCAGGACGAAGCAGCAGCAACACUGGGUAUGUAGUCAAGUAGCUCGUUACUGCAGAGAUGGAUGGCCUGCUGUGAAGUCCAAACUUCAUCCAGAUGUUUGUCCAUUCUACAUGGCGAGAGACGACUUAACAGUCCAAGACGGACUAUUACUUUAUCGCACUAGACUUGUCAUCCCAGUGGAACUAAGGAAGGACAUUUUGACCCGAAUUCAUGAUGGCCAUCAAGGCAUUGUAAAGUGCAGAGCUCUGGCCAAGUGUUCUGUGUGGUGGGCAGGACUAUCUCAAAAGAUCCAGUCCUUGAUAGAAAACUGUGCAAUCUGUGAGAAAGAGAGAAAAGCUAGACCUGAGCCAUUGAAGCCAAGCAGUGUUCUGGAUUUCCCAUGGCAGAAAGUGGGAAUGGACUUGUUUCACUGGCGUGGUAAGCAGUAUCUACUCGUAGUAGAUUAUUUCUCUCGUAACACUGAGUUGGCUUAUCUACAAGCCUCGACCUCUUCAGAGACUGUUAUUGUUCAUUGCAAGAGUAUCUUCGCACGACACGGGAUUCCUGAAGUUGUUCAAUCAGAUAAUGGACCACAAUUUGCAUCCCAGAAAUUCAGCAGAUUUGCUACAGAAUAUGGAUUCACCAAUGAAACCAGCAGUCCUCAUUAUCCGCAAGCUAAUGGAGAAGCUGAAAGGGCUGUGCAGAUGGUCAAGAAUUUUCUGUUGAAAGCUGAAGACCCAUAUCUGGCGCUACUUAACUACAGAGUGACUCCUCUCCAGUGUAGUUUCAGUCCAGCAGAAAUGUCCAUGGGCCGUUGCCUGAGGACGAGAGUUCCAGUCGUCCCUGCCUUGCUUACUCCUGAUUGGCCUAAGCUGGCUGACAUGAAGUUGGCAAAUGCAAACCAGAAGGAAGUGCAAAAAAAAAACUUUUGA